UAUAUAAUUAUUGAAUAUACUUAUUAAAGGUAGCAGAAAUAUUAUCAAACUUAAAUAUAAGUUUGCACGUGUCUUAUAAGAUUGAAUUUGCAUUAGGAUUAUAAAUUUUAAUUAAAUUUUUAAUUAUGGGAAAAGGUCGAAGACAUAAAUAUAAAAAAAAUUUUGCGGAAAAACGCAGAGAAAGACACGAAAAAGGGGAUGAAUGGAAUAAAAUGCCUACAUGCUCUUAUGCAGAAAUUAUUAGAGAAAAUAAAGAUUUUGAAUCAUAUUACAAAACUCAGAAAAUAGUUCCAGAUAAUGAAUGGAAUUCAUUUAUUGAUAAAAUGAAAGAAAAUCUUCCUGUUGCUUUUCGAAUCACUGGAUCAAAAGCAGAAACUAAAAGCCUAUUAAAAAUGAUUAAAGGAGAUUUGUUUAAAGAAAUUAUAAAUACUAAUCUUGAAGACAACGAAGAUAAUGUUAAUAAAGAGUUAAAACCUUGUUGUCUGCCAUUUUAUCCUGAUGGUUUAGGAUGGCAAUUACAACUUACUAGAAAAGAUAUAAGAAGAUCAGAAGCUUUUCUAAAAUUACAUAAUUUUCUUAUAGCUGAAACAAAUAGUGGGAAUAUAAGUAGACAAGAAGUUGUUAGUAUGGUUCCACCAUUAGUACUUGAUGUGAAACCUUGGCAUAAGGUUUUUGAUAUGUGUGCUGCACCAGGUUCAAAAACUGCACAAUUGAUUGAAAUGAUACAUGCUGAUGAAAAAAUAGCCUGUCCUGAAGGUUUUGUUAUAGCUAAUGAUUUAGAUAAUAAUCGUUGCUACAUGCUUGUUCACCAAGCGAAGCGAUUGAAUAGUCCAAAUAUUUUAAUUACUAAUCAUGAUUCUUCAGCCAUGCCAAAUUUUAUUAUAAAUCAACCUGAUGGAUGUAAGGACACGUUAAAAUUUGAUAGAAUAUUAGCAGAUGUUCCCUGUAGCGGAGAUGGUACUAUGAGAAAAAAUCCAGAUAUUUGGAGUAAAUGGAGUCCUGCAAAUGGCAAUCAUCUUCAUGGAAUUCAAUAUAGAAUAGCUAAAAGAGGAGUGGAGUUAUUAACUGUUGGUGGUAAAAUGGUAUAUUCUACAUGUUCUUUGAAUCCUAUUGAAAAUGAAGGAGUUUUACACAGACUACUAUCAGAAACAGGCAAUUCUGUUUGUUUAUUGGAUUGCAAGCAUUUAGUUCCUGGAUUAUUGUAUAAUCCUGGUGUAUCAUAUUGGUUACCAGCAUCAAAAAAUUUAGAAUAUUUUACUAGUUGGGAAAAGGUUCCAGAACAAUUGCAAACACAAAUUCGACCAAAAAUGUUUCCUCCUAAACCAGAAGAAGCUGAACAUUUUCAUUUGGAAAGAUGCAUGCGAAUAUUACCACAUCACCAAGAUACUGGAGGAUUUUUUGUAGCUGUUUUGGUAAAAUUAAAGCCUUUACCAUGGGAAGAUGAUUCAAAAUAAGAAGUGAAUACUGCAAAUGAAAUUACGCAAUAUUUUUUGAUAAAUGAUGAAGAUAAAACUAAUCAAAUGAAAAAUGAAAACCAAAAUUUGGAAUUCCAAAUACAAUUACGUUCACAAAGAAAACGAAGAAAAAUGUUGCAAGGUUAUCGAGAAGACCCAUUUGUAUUUUUUGAAAAUGGAAAUGAAGAUGUGUGGCCUUCUAUAAAGGAAUUUUAUAAUAUAUCAGACGACUUAAACCCACAGUGUUUAUUGGUACGAUGUCGUGAAGGUAAAAAAAAGAAUAUAUAUUUCACUUCACCUGCAAUUCGAAAUAUUAUUAUGUGUAACAAAGACAAAAUAAAAAUGAUAAAUACUGGUGUUAAAACCUUUGUACGUUGUGACAAUAAAAAUAUGACAUGUGCCUUCAGAUUAGCACAGGAAGGAUUAAGUAAUAUUGUUCAUUUUAUUGGAGAUCAUCGUAAAGUUCGGAUAUUUAAAAAAGAUUUAAUUAUGCUUCUGCAAAAUAAUGAUCAUCACUCUCCACCUGAAAUAAGUAAAUUACAUCCAUUGACACAAGAACGAUUAAAGGAAUUUGCUAAAGGAAGUUGCAUACUUGUAUACGAAGAAGAAAUCAAAGAUAAUCCUUAUCCUUUGCGAUUAGAAAUGGUAGGAUGGCGAGGAAUCAUAUCAUUAAGAGCAUAUGUAUCAAAUAAUGACGCGAUUCAUUAUUUGCGACUUUUGGGAGGUGAUUGUUCUAUGUUUGAAAAAAAUAAAUUUAAAUUGAAUCGUACCACAGAUAUACGAAUGCUCUAAAACAAAGAGUUGUGUUAUUAUACAUGUCAAGAAAAUCCAUAGAAAAAUAAACCAUGACUUUAUUUUAACAGACAAUUUAUACCAGUUACAUAAAAAUUAUUUAAAAACUUUAAAUAAAAAUUUAUUUCUAA